GUUUUUCCAGCUAAUAUAGCAGGGCUGAAGGCUGAGAGAAGAAGCCCUGGAAGCUGCCAGAGAGGAGCCAUGGACACUGUCUCUGAACCGGACCCUGGAUUCACUAUGGAACCUGAGGACAAGUCUUUGGACCCGAGGAAGACCAGCCACAGAAUUGCUCUAAAGUUCUGCAACAUUGUCUUGCUGAUAUUCGGACUGCUGAGUAUUCUCCUAAUCUCCCUGCAGUUCAGUUCAGUGAUGCCCACGGAGGAGGAGGAGGAGGCCCCCAGCAUCACAGAGUUCCACUCCUCUACCCACGUGUUGCCCAUGGGCCAAACGGCCCGCUAUACCUGUCACGCCGGCGGCACGCCGGAGCCCACAGUAGAGUGGCUCCACAACGGCAGGCCCAUGGAGAGGAAUGGCACAGACGACCAAUCAGAGGCUUGGGUGGAGAGGGGGUUCCUCUUCGUCAGAGGGGUGAGGUAUGGCGUGAACACGGUCUGCUGCAUGGCGAGCAACAGCGCUGGCACGGCCAGUCACACCGCUGAGCUGCUUGUCUUUGAUGCCUGUGAACUCACACUGGACCCCAACACGGCCCACAGACGUCUCUCUCUGUCUGAGGACAACAGGAAGGUGACGCGGGUUAGAGAGGACCAGUCGUAUCCGGAUCACCCAGAGAGAUUUGACUCCUGGCGGCAGGUGUUGGGUAGAGAGGCUCUGACUGGUCACUGUUACUGGGAGGUAGAGUGGGAAGGAGUUGGUCAUAUAGGAGUGACAUACAGAGGAAUCACAAGGAGAGGAGGGGGUGGUGACAGCGAGCUUGGAGGAAACAACAAGUCCUGGAGUCUUUAUUAUUCUAAUGGUGGUUACUCUGCCGAGUACAACGGUACAGAGACAGACCUCCCUCUCCCCCCCGCUGGCUCCACCAGAGUAGGAGUGUAUCUGGACCGGCCUGCUGGCUCUCUGUCCUUCUACAGAGUGUCCCCAGGUGGAGGAGGGUCCUCAGACACACUGACACACCUCCACACCUUCUGGUCCUCCUUCACCCAGGAGGACCUCCUCCCGGCGGUCUGGGUGGGGUUGGGGUCCUCAGCGUCUUUCUCGGUUGUAGAAAAAAAUUAAUGCCGCGGGGAGCAGAACACACUUACACAAAAACACACACACACAGACACAAGCAAACA